AAGACGACAAACUUCCUCACUAGAGGGUGGCCCAGCCCAGGGUGAGGCCCGACCCAGUGAUCGAGGGCCGUGGGCGCCCCAGGUGGGGAGGAAGGGGGCGACUCGGCCCGCGCGGCGGGGAGGCAGAGGGAGGAACUUCGGUCUCUGAGCCCCGUCCCCGUCCCCGGCCCGGGCUGCAGCCCAAUCAGCGGGCCUGGGCCGUCCCCCGGGGUGCUCUAACCCAUUUUACAGACGUGCUGCCUGCGCCCCCGGAGGAGGCGUGGCGGCGCUCGGUGGCCCAGCAGGAUUCCGGGGGCGGCGGGCCAGGCAGGCCCGGGAGGACACCCGAGCCCAGGAGGCCGAGGCGCCCGCCCUCCCCGCCGGGGAUCACCUGGGCCGGCCCGGGGCCCGCGGGCCGGGCGGAGAGGGCCGCCGCCUCCUCAAAGCCCGGCAGCCCGCGAGCGCCCCGCACUCCAGCCGUCCGGGCCCCGCGACGCCGCCUGCCCCGCUGCCGGCAGGUGAGACCGGCCGUGACCUCCGCCGCGGCCCCGCGGGAGGGGGCUCCGCCUGCCCCGGUGACCCACUUCCUGUUUGUCCGAACUGCGGGGGCGGGAGGCACAACCGGCUAGCCCGCACUGGGUGACCGGGGGCAGGUCACCUCACCUCGCCGAGCAGGUGACCUCCGCGCUGGAUGACCCCCCCCCCCCCACAAGUGUGCCCUCGCAACUGACUGGAGGGACCCGUCGUGAGUGCGCAGGGGACGAAUCAGGGCGGGUGGAGGAAGGCAGGGAGGUGAGGGGCAGGUCAGACGGGCCCCAAGGGCAGGGGUCCCACUGGCCAAGCGCCCGCCUACUCUCAGGGGCAGCGGCCACCCGGGGGGGCCUGCGGGCGGCCGCUGAGGGUGUGAGGGUCAAAAAUCAGUGGUCACAAGGUGUGUCACCAGCUGCCUCCCCGCCUGGGUUCCUCCUGUGGGGAAUGGGGGUGGGGAGGAGGGGAAGGUGUGGGCAGGACUUCCUGGAAAAGGGAGACCCUGGCGUUUGGGGGAGGGAGGUGACCCUGGGACUCAAACCCAUAUGUUGUCAAACACACAUCACCCACCAGGCACACAACUCACGUGAGACACGCAACCCGAGCACACCCAACCUGACUCAGGCCCGGAGCGGGGACACAGAUGGGCGUCCCGCGCGGUUCCACUUUAGAGCCCAGGCGAAUGUCACAGACACGCCACCCGGGCCUUGCAGGCUCAGUGCGCACAUCUGCAGGGACAAAGGACUCCCAGGCACACGGCAGACAUGUGACCCGGGCAGGCACGCUUGGCUACACACAGGAAACAGCUCAGACACACCCGUGCACAGGCAGCAAGCGCGUCCCCGGAGCACAUGGGCGCACAGGAGGUGUCGGGCUGGGGCGCACACAUUCAGCCCCAGACCCAGCUCACGCACCUCACCGGGUGCCCCGGGGCCCACGACACGAGCAAGCUCGUGUGGGCACGCUUAGAGGCCGUGAGGGCAGGCGCGGCUGCACGUGGGCCAGCCCCCGACCCCGAAUCCCGUGUCCAGCACUGGGGAACUCCAAAGCUCACAUGACCCAAGGGGAGGGCUUCUGGAACAGUCUGCGGAGAAACUGCAUCAUCCUCACUAAUGAUCCGUUUCCGUCCGCCCCGGGGAAUAAAGGCUCAGUGACCGCCAGUUCUGCCCAGGAGCUCACCUGCCUCUCUGAGCCCCCGGCUGACUGGCUUGUGCCUCCCCCAGGAUGGACACACAGACUGUACUGCUCAUCUUGCAAGCCUCACUGGUGCUCCCCCUGGCUGACGGGGCCAACCCGGUCCUGCGCUUUGUGGCUGUGGGUGACUGGGGAGGAGUCCCCAAUGCCCCGUUCUACACAGCCCGGGAAAUGGCCAAUGCCAAGGAGAUUGCCAGGACCGUGCAGAUCCUAGGCACAGACUUCAUCCUGUCCCUGGGGGACAAUUUCUACUUCACUGGCGUGCAGGACGCCAACGACAAGAGGUUUCGGGAGACCUUCGAGGAUGUGUUCUCUGCCUCCUCCCUCCGCAACGUGCCCUGGUACGUGCUGGCUGGCAACCACGACCACCUGGGGAACGUCUCCGCGCAGAUCGCCUACUCCAGGAUCUCUCAGCGCUGGAACUUCCCCAGCCCUUACUACCGUCUCCGCUUCAAAGUCCCACGGUCCAAUGUGUCUGUGGCCAUUUUCAUGCUGGACACAGUGACGCUGUGCGGCAACUCGGACGACUUCCUCAGCCAGCAGCCCGAGAGGCCCCGUGACGUGGCGCUGGCCCGCACGCAGCUGUCCUGGCUCAAGAAGCAGCUGGCGGCGGCCAAGGAGGACUAUGUGCUGGUGGCCGGCCACUACCCCGUGUGGUCCAUCGCCGAGCACGGGCCCACCCGCUGCCUGGUCAAGCAGCUGAUGCCGCUGCUGGCCACAUACAAGGUCACCGCCUACCUGUGCGGCCAUGACCACAACCUGCAGUACCUCCAGGACGAGAACGGCGUGGGCUACGUGCUGAGCGGGGCCGGAAACUUCAUGGACCCCUCGAGGAAGCAUAUGCGCAAGGUCCCCAACGGCUACCUGCGCUUCCACUAUGGGGCCGAGGACUCGCUGGGGGGCUUUGCCUACGUGGAGAUCAGCCCCAAAGAGAUGAGCGUCACUUACAUCGAAGCCUCGGGCAAGUCCCUCUUCAAGACCAGACUGCCGAGGCGAGCCAGGCCCGAGCACCCACGCGUGCGCCACUCUAGGGCCUGAGGCAGGGGGGCCUCCCUGCCGGCGGGUGGCUGGGCCCCGCUGGGCCGCGUGCCCGUGGGCAGUCUUCCUCACGGGCCUGGGGAGCUGCGGCGGAGCAGAAGGAGAACCACAGACGAGGAGCGGUGGCGCCAGGUGGCCCUUGUGGCAAGGACGCCCACG